CCUUUUUUUCCGGUCCACAGGUUCGCAGGCGUUGCGGCCAUGGCCACUGCAGCCAUGCGAGAUGCCAUCACCACCAGGCGGUCAUGGUAUCGUUUGCUCUUCCUGGCCGUUACAGUCUUCAUCCUCAGCCGAAGGAUCGGGGCCCUGUCGGUUCUGUCAGCUCAGGGUUCUUUGCAGAUGUCGGACCUGGAGGAGAAGAUCAACACCAGCAAAGUGCUGUUGAUCUCCAAGGAGUGGUGCCCCUUCUGCCAGAGAGCAAAAGCAGUGCUCAGCAACCUCGGGGUGUCCUUCAGCGUGCUGGAACUUGAGAACAAAGCCAGACAGCCACUGGUGGAGGAUCCUACUGCAGUCAUGGACUACAUGGAGAACAUCACUGGCGCACGCUCUGUGCCCCGCUUGUUCAUUGCUGGGCACUUCAUUGGAGGUUGCGAUGACGUUGUGCGCAUGGCGAGCUCCGGGGAGCUUCAGAAGCGCUUGAAGCAAGCCGGCGCCUUUUGAGAUCGAGGCAAAA